AAGGAAUAUUCGUUUGACCUCAGAUUAGAAAAUUACUUAAUUAUUAAUGAUGAAAAUUUUGGCAUGAAGUUGAAUAAUGUAGAGCUAAAGGCAUGGAAAUCAUUUAAGGAUGUAGUCCAUGGUUUUCUUGGAAAUAACAAAGCACAAAAUAGUCGCUAUUUUAGUAAAAAUUCCUCUGCUGAACUGUAAAAAUUUAGGCUGCUGGAUGUCCUUAAAAAUUCAUUUCUUGCAUUCUCAUCUGGACUUUUUCCCACCAAAUUUGGGUGCAGUGAGUGAUGAACAGGGUGAACGGUUUCACGAGGACAUAUUGCAAAUUGAGCAGCAUUACCAAGGGAGAUGGGAUGAAUUGAUAAUGAGUGACUACUGCUGGUUUCUGCAAAGAGAAGAUCCUAUCCUACACCAAAGGAAGAAGUGAUUAUCUGAUUUCAGUUUAAAAAAAAUUUCAGGUACUUUUUAUGCCUGUUUUAGUUAUGUUAUACAACAGUUUUUUAUGUAAUCAGCAAAAUAAAAUACAAGAAUUGGAAAUUUAUUUAGCGUUGUAUGAAAUUUAAUAUACCAAUAAACUUGAUCACUGGGAAAUUCAUAUUUUUCAUCAAUUUUUUAAUGGUAUAUAACAAAAAUGUGGUGGGUGAUGGAGAGAAACUGGCUUCAUUUUCAGAUUCAGCAAACAAAAAAGAAUAAAAUCCAUUUAUUGCUGUUUCUGUUCCGAAAAUUUUUUUUGAAUUUGUAGAGUAGAGUAAUUAAUAAUUAAAAAUAGAAAGCUUAUAAUCCUGCAUAUAUCAUUUAAAACAAUCAGAUAUUUUCCACUAUUGCAACUGGCCAUUAUCAGGUUCUAGAAUAUAUUUAAAAUAGAAAAGUCAUGUGAUAGAAAAAGGAAUAUCUAAUCAUUAAUGUAAAUAUAAAAGUUAAAAAAAUAAAAUAAAAUAACAAGAUGAGAAAAAAUGUUUCUGUUCUUUUAGAAGAAUGUCAUCUGCUGUAAAAACUACCAUUAGAACAAAUAUGUAUUUGAAAGAGAGCACUUUGUGUUUAAAGUUUUUUAAAUUUAAAAUUGCAAGGAAAUUUUGAUUGUAUUUGUUCACUUUCAUAAAAUGCUGGAAUAUUAAUUAUGAUUUUUAUGUAUUAAUUGAUAUGUACUGUAUUUUCAUAUUUUUAUUUUAUUUUAGGAUGCUGGAAAGCUUAGUCGUGAACCUAGAUCACAAAGAGAAGUUGAUCAAGAACGAAGCUGGAAACAGUUUCAAGCAUUUCGGCAGCAUCAGUUUCAGAAACAACAACAAAUUCUUCAAGAACAAAGAGCCCAAGCAAUUUUGAAAGCUCAGCAAAUGGCAUUAGACCAUGCAGAUGGACAAACUUCAGAGAAUCUUCCUUUAUCAACAUCUUUGUCUCUAUCUUCCACAGUUUCUCCAAAUUCUGUUUCAUCUCCAAGAGCUAUACAGACUUCACCACCAAUAUCAUCAUCUGUUCUUUCUGGAUCUUUAAGUGAUUUAUGUCAACAAUCUCAACAAACCUCAUCAAAUAUGUCAAGAAGUCCCUCAGAUAGUGGAAGCCCUAUACUAACACAAUGUGUUUUGGGAAAUCAGCAGCAGUCAUCUCCUCUCAUCACUGCACAGAUUAAUGUAUCUCCUUCCCAGUGUUCAAUUAAUUCUCAGCCUUCAUCACUUCAACAAAUUUCAACUGUGGCAAGAAGAGUAUCAACACCUGUCAGUCCUUUAAUUCAAGUUUCAAGAGUUCGUCCUCCAAUAGAUCCCAGUCGUUUACCUGCUGGAGAAUCUUAUGCACAAUCAAAUGAUUCACAGUUAUCUGGAACUGGAGUUGAUCCGUUUGUUCCACCACCAAGACCAGUUUUUCCUAAUAAACAAAGUAUACCUCAGGUCAGAGCAGUUUAUCCCUCUUCUCCAAUAAAUCAACAGUUGUCUACACCUCGUUCUGAACUUUCCCGGCCAUCUACUCCAACAGUUAUUCCUGAAGUAUUUCAAACUCCUCCUCAAACUCCACAUCCUCAAACUUCAGAUCCUUUUAAUCAGCAUUCUCCAACAACUAGAAAUCAAAAUCACUCACAGGAUUCUUAUCCUCAACCACCUUCCACUCCUCAUCCUGUUGCAAGUCCUUAUUCACCAUCGCAAUCUACGUGUUCCUCAUCAGUGACUCCUAGUCCUAUAGAUCCUUAUGCUCAGUCUCCAGGAACACCUACACAGAGAUUUUCACAAGAUUCUCCUUUUUCUCAACAUCUCCAGCGUUCACAGUCAACUCCAGUCAGUCCAACUGCUGAACCUUAUAAUCAGCAACCUCUCACUCCUCAUCCAGUGUCUGGUCUUUUACAUACUACUGAUACAUAUAAUAAAUCUCCCAGUGCUCCACGUCAAAUUACGACUCCUACUAAAAGAUUAAUUGUAUCUCGUCAAAUUUCUGAUUCAGUAUCAGCUCAGUCUGAAUCACAAACUAUAGUUCCUGUUGCAGUUCAUGGUUUAGAAAAUGAACAACUCUUAGCAAGGCAACAUUUAAGAGAUUUACUUCAGAGACAACAACAAAUGAAAAAACAAGAACAAGGCCAGAUUCCACUUCGACAUUGGCCAACAGAACAACGCCAAGAUUUAUGUCCAGUGACAACUCAGAAUAAUGCGUUUCCUAUAGGAAUUAGUAUUUCUCAAAGUACAUCUCAAGAUCUUACAAAAGCUCAAUUAGCAGAUAACUUGCAACGUUCUGGUAAAAAGAAAAGCUUUUUUGUAUCGUUAAUUUUGAAAUAAUUAUCUGAAGUAUUU